AUGACUCUACAAAAUACUGGACAUGGACUCAUGGGUAUGAUUGAUGAAGCUAGACCAAACAGUAACAAAUCAAGUGAUCACGAUGACGGUGUUGAACUUAUGGACGAAGAUGAGCAAGUGGAUGAUGAGCAAGUGGAUGAGGUUUCUAUUUAUGGUGUUCAAGCUAUUUCUAUUGAUGCAGGACCCAUUUCAGAUGCAACCGGAAUAGAGACUACGAGUCCCCCAGAGGAAGUAGAAACUGCGAAUCAAUCCAUGCCUGAAAAUAUUAGACAAGCAGACGAGAGUCGAACUGAUACUCCUAGCAUCAUGCCGGAACAAUAUGUCAUGGCUGUCGAUAGUCAUAUUGUGAAUCAUGAUGAAGCCCCAACCCCGCACGCUAGUGACACGCCUUUCAUGGACAAUAAUAGAGCGACGAUGGCUCUCCAUGAAGAUGAGGAAGAUGAGGAUACAAAUGUAGAUCCGUAUGGAUCGUCACUCAUCAUGGGAUCAAUUUCGGAAGACGAACCAGCACCAACCCACUUUGCCUCGCUUCGAUCCGCCAAAGAUAGAGCCAGGCGGGCAUUGGAGGAUGCCAAACGACGUGUGGCAACUGGAAAAUUGAAGCAGCAAGCUGAGAUGUUCACUAGCGAAAUGAAUGUUGCGAGCGGCAUCACCUCACCUCCUGGCAUUACAUCACCUCGUCAUAUACCUCCCGCCCGGCUAGAGAAGAUGAUGCAGGGCAAUACCCUGGAUCAGUAUCUGGUAGACAGCAAUGGGUCGAUAAGUGGCGGAAUGUAUAUAGACGGCCACGAUUCCGACAACUACACCCUGUUCAGUGAAGGAGAAUUGGCAGAGAUGGCAAAGGGAUCCUUUGCUGUCAAACAGAUUCCAGCCAGCAAAGAAAGUGACCAUCAUCGAACCGCAUCAUUUUUUCAAUUUGAAGCUCCAGUAAUACAUGAAGAAAUGGUAGCAGCAACAGCACCAGGACAACUGAUGACGACAACCAUGAUAACAAAAGAAGCAAGCGAGUCUAUAGUUGCCGAACAAGUCAAUCUAGAAGCAACCUCGCCUGGGACUCAAAGAGCGGAGACUUCAUUGUCGCCUCCAAUCGCCAGAAAGGAGACAACUGUAUUGCAAGAAGACAAGAUCGAAUCUACCAUGAACCAACCAGUAAAUCCAGAAUCAGCCUCGCCUUUUACUCAUGAAAUGAAGCCUUUGACUCACCCUACAAUAGCCAGAAAGGAGACAACUUCGAUGCAAGAAGAGAAUAUCGAAUCUACAAUGAACCAACCAGGUGUUCGAGCUAUUUCAGAUGAUGCAGGACCUAAUUCAGAUGAAACCAGAGUACUAGUAGAGACUACGAGUCCCCUAGAGGAAGCAGAAACUGCCAGUCAAUCCAUGCCUGAAAAUGUUAGGCAAACAGGCGAUAAUCGAACUGAUAAUUCUAUCGUCAUGCCGGAACAAGAUGUCAUGGCUGACCAAAGUCAUGUUGUGAAUCAUGAUGAAGCCCUAACAUCAUACGUCAUUGGAACGUCAUUCACAGAUAACAGCAGAGAGACAAUGAUUCUCCACGAAGAUGAAGAUGAGGACGCAAAUAUGGAUCCGUUUGGAUCGUCACUCAUCAUGGGAUCAAUUUCGGAAGACGAACCAGGACCGACACACUUUGCCUCUCUUCGAUCCGCCAAAGAGAGGGCCAAACGGGCAUUGGAGGAUGCCAAACGACGAGUGGCAACUGGAAAAUUGAAGCAGCAAGCUGAGAUGUUCACUAGCGAAAUGAAUGUUGCGAGCGGCAUCACCUCACCUCCUGGCAUUACAUCACCUCGUCAUAUACCUCCCGCCCGGCUAGAGAAGAUGAUGCAGGGCAAUACCCUGGAUCAGUAUCUGGUAGACAGCAAUGGGUCGAUAAGUGGCGGAAUGUAUAUAGACGGCCACGAUUCCGACAACUACACCCUGUUCAGUGAAGGAGAAUUGGCAGAGAUGGCAAAGGGAUCCUUUGCUGUCAAACAGAUUCCAGCCAGCAAAGAAAGUGACCAUCAUCGAACCGCAUCAUUUUUUCAAUUUGAAGCUCCAGUAAUACAUGAAGAAAUGGUAGCAGCAACAGCACCAGGACAACUGAUGACGACAACCAUGAUAACAAAAGAAGCAAGCGAGUCUAUAGUUGCCGAACAAGUCAAUCUAGAAGCAACCUCGCCUGGGACUCAAGGAGCGGAGACUUCAUUGUUGCCUCCAAUCGCCAGAAAGGAGACAACUGUAUUGCAAGAAGACAAGAUCGAAUCUACCAUGAACCAACCAGUAAAUCCAGAAUCAGCCUCGCCUGCGAACUGUGAAGAGAAGCCCUUGAUUCACCCUACCAGUACAAUCGCCAGGAAGGAGAAAAAUCUCUUGCACGAAAAGACUAUUGAAGCUACUCUGAACCAACCGGCCAAUCCAGAUGUGAUUUCGCCUAUGACCAACAAAAUGAAGAGUUGGAUUUCUCCUAAAAUCGACAAAAAGAAGAUCUUCGCCUUUACCAGAAGCGAUUCGCCUGAUCCAGAAGUAGUUUCGUCUACUGCUACUACAAAAGGAAAGUCUUGGAUGCCUCCAAAAAUCGACAGAAUGGCUUCCGGCUCUCCGAUGGCAAGCAGCAAGAAGAGUUGGAAGGAACUUCUUCGAAGCUCGCCUGUUGCAAGAGUCGCAAGAAAAAAGAGUCAAGGACCACAAGGAAAGAACAUGGUGAAUGAGUUUCUGGGGCCAGGGGUAGUUCCAUCAGUGGAGAAAGAAGUAGCAAAUCUACAAAUUCCAGAGGCUUCCAUAGUUCCCUCAAUUUCAUCGCAGACUUCACACUCCGAAGGAAAGAUUGGGAAGAAAGAUAAAAUCGAAAAUGACAAGAGUCAUCACUCGCAACCUGAAAGACCGAUUGUCCUGACGUCAAUGCAAAUGCGGCAAGAAACCAGAGCCCGACAUCGUGCAGGUCCUAGGCCUGUGGUUUCUGGUAUUCAAAAGGGCAAAAUCAAACCCAGAGACAACAAGGAAUCUCGUACGAGAGUUCAACGUGGAAACAGAAGACAGACAGCAAGAACUAACGACAAUGUUGUUCUUGGAAGUGGUCCCAGAGAAUUGACAAAAACAGACGCAGGCGGUGAUUUAAAUUCAGACGCAGCUCCCAAGAAGGGGAAUAUGCCUUUGUUGAAUAGACGGCGGAAGAGUCUUGACAAUGCGACAAUAUCCGCGGUAAGCGACGACAUUCCUAAUUCACCGUCCAGGAUUCGAGUUCAUCGUGGAAACAGAAGUGCAAGAAGUAGCGACAAUGAUGUUGUGGGAAUGGAGGCCAUAGAAUUGGCAAAAGCAGAUGCAGAGGUUGAUUUGAAUUCAAAGGCAGCUCCCAAAGCGGUCGUUCCUGUCGUGGAUAGGCGGCGGAAGAGUCUUGACAAUGCCACGAUACCUGCAGUAAAAGACCCCAUUCCUCAUUCACCGUCCAGGACUAAUCGGCGAACGCCGGGGCCAAGGCGCCCUGUCCCAAGUCACCACAGACCGAGUAGACAAACGGGAAGAGAUGGGGAGAAAAGAGGGAGUAGGUUGUCGAGAUCACCGAUACGACAUACAAGUGAUCGAACUUCAGAUCGAGGUCAGACGACGACAAGUCGGUCGAAAAGUGCGGACAAGACGGCAGCGAAUGAAGUUGCUGGUCAAAGUACUAGCAUGACGGAGCACUAUCGUCCUUCCAGAAGAGGUAGAAAGAGUCAUUCGCCCGUGCCUCCCCAAAGAAGACAUCAAUCGGACAACAGUACCGCUGCAUCAUCACCCCAGCAGGGUGCCCACAAGAUCAAUGCCCGACGAAGGGCCAGAGGUGGAACUUGGGGGUCAGAACGCGAUACAAAUGGCGAGACUGGGGCUACCAAGCCAGCAAGACGACGAGGGAGUAGAGGGAGUCAGCUGCCUGCCCCUCCGCCAAUGAAGUAA